AAAGUGGAUGAGCAAACAUGGAUGACUUCGUCGCUCAUUCACAGUUCACCAGCACAGCUGCCAGCAUAAGGUCUUCUAUGGUGUCUAUAAGGACACCAGAUCAGUUAGGUACAGAGCUCACCUCAUCACUCGGGAGACAGGAGAGCAGUCUGCUUUCAGCUGAAACCAAAGAAAGUUGGAACACAGAAGAUCGAAGUCACGCGAAUUACCCUUACCUGAAUGACCUGAUCAAAAGUCGAGUGCCUCUGGAGAACAUCCAGCCCGAGAUGUGGACCUCAGAUCACGAGCACCAGAUGACUGAGUUUAUUUAUGAUGUGACUCGGAGGUUGCUGACUGUGUACAUGGAUGAGUACGCUGGGUUACUGGUAAUCGCUGGUACCCCCCCACAGGGCACGGAUUACCUGAUGUACUUCAUCCGCAAGGAGCAGGCGGUGAUUACGGAGGAUAACUUCAUGCACGUGGUGCAGUUUGGCAGCAUCCGGCAUGGACACCUGGAGAGCCUGCUGAGGCACAUGCAGGGCAUUUUUGCUGCGCAGUUUUUUGAGAACCGAAUGUGGCCCGAGGGAAUCAAGAACAACUUCUCCGCGCACUUGCACAAAUUCCUGGCCAGCCUCACAGAUGCUCGAUACAAGUUGGAUGGCCACACUGUCCUUUAUAUCCCACAGGAAAGCUUGAUGUUGACACCGGAGCAAGCAGCAAAGGACAAGGACCUUCUCCAGAGACUGGAGACUGCUGUUGUUCACUGGACUCGUCAGAUUAAAGAUGUGCUCAGUGCUCAGGAGUCGAUCGAUACCGGGGAGAUCCUGGGGCCACUGGAGGAGAUUGAGUUCUGGCGGAACCGCUGUGAUGACCUGUCCGGCAUUGGAUUCCAGCUGGAUAAACCUGGGGUCAAACACAUCCAGGCUAUCCUGGAACUCUCCAAAUCCUCCUACAUUGCUCCCUUCCUCAAACUUGCCAAGCUUAUCCAGGAUGGACGUGCUCAGGCCCAGUCCAACCUCAGCUUCCUGGCCAUCCUCAACGUGCCGUGCCAGGAGCUGACCACACUCCCGGUCAAAGACAUCCCCCCCAAACUGCCGCACAUCCUCAACCUAGUCCGUGUCAUCUGGAUCAACUCCUUGUUCUACAACACCCGCGACCGGAUCACUGCACUCUUCCGCAAGCUGAGUAACGAGAUCAUUCACCUGUGCUCCAAAGAGAUCUCGCUGGACAAGAUAUUUGAGGGCUUCACCAAGUCGAGCAAGGCCACCUUGCAUGACUGUAUCGAGUGCUGCCAGGUGUGGAAGAGGCACUUUGGUCAUGCAGCCACCGUUCACAGCAGAUUCUCCGACAUCCCCUGGGUCCUGGAUCACACCAGCAUCUUUGCGCAAGUGGAUGCCUUCAUACAGCGUUGCAGGGAUCUGCUGGAGGUGUGUGACUGUCAGGAGUUCUUUGCCCGGCGGGAUGAAGGGAAGCAGACUCCGCUGCCGUGUUUUGAAGGGCACCGCGGUCCUGAGAUAACACGAGGCCUACUGGAGAUUGAGGCCACGUUCAACAAGAUCCUACAGAUGCUGAAAACGUCUCAGACCGAGAUCCUGGACGUGAAGAAUACCUACUGGCACGAUGACUACAGCAGGUUUCGAUCGGGUAUCAAGGACCUGGAGGUGAUGAUGCAGAACCUGAUUUCAUCCUCGUUUGAGACGGUGACCACUGUCCAGCAAGGGGUGGAGCUGCUGGACGUCUUCCACCACCUUUCCAAUAGAGAGACCAUCAAGCGGACCAUCGACAAGAAGACGGUGGAUGUCUAUGUGCUGUUCAACGAGGAGAUGGCUCGGGUCAAUAAGGAUCUGAACAGAAAGGCCAUCUACCUGCCUCCACAGAUGCCUCGAUACGCUGGCCAGGCGCACUGGGCUCGCACCCUCCGGCGUCGCAUCGACAGAUCAAUGCAGUUUCUGACCCAAGCCACAUUCCUGCCCCAAAUUGGAUUGGGGGAUGAGUCAAUAGCGUUCCACCUGUCCCUGGAGCAAUCGCUGGAUGAGUUUGUGCGUAAAGUCUUCACUGAAUGGACUGUGAACGUGGACAGGGACAGCAUAAGGCGGCUGGAGAGACCUCUGAUGAUCCGUAGCAACGACGAUAGUUACCGGCUCAGCGUCAACUUUGACAUGUAUCUGCUGGAGUUGUUUGAUGAAAUCCAUUAUUGGGACCGCCUACUCUUUGAGAUACCUCACUAUGUGAUGGAGAUCUACCAGCGGAGAGAAGACCUCAGGAAGCUGCGUGAGAGUGUCCUCCUGGUUGUGCGUGAUUACAACAGCAUCCUCGAUGAGUUAACGAAAGAACAAAGGAAUCUCUUCAGAGACAGAAUCAAAUUCUUGGACAAGAAGAUUUCCCCAGGCCUGUCCAAGCUUCAGUGGGCGUCGAGAACUCUGUCCAGUUACUUCAUUGAUGACUGUCGGAUGUACGCCAGACAGCUGCAGCUGACCAUCGACGAGUACAAGGCCUCCAGUCUGCAGAUCCAACAGUUUACCUUCCAAAUGAGCGAGAUGCUGCUGGUGCACAUCGACGGCAAACGCACCUACAGCGACAAGGAUUUCCGAGAAGCUCAGAAGUCCCACCAGGAGCACAUCCAGUCAAAGCUGUUAAAGUCACACAAGGAAAUCGUGACCAUUAUGCGGCAAACCUACCUUGUCUUCAAGGGCGAUGGAUCUGAGGUGCAGCAUCAUUGGUUAAAUUAUGCCAAGAAAGUGGACCGUUUGGUGGAGGAAGGCUUCAGACUAAACAUUAAACGGUCCCUGCUGGAACUGUCCAAGGCCAUCAAUGGUGAUCCCAAAUCCACACCCAAUGCGCUCUUCAGGGUGAUGGUGGUUCUCCAGGAUGACAUGCCAGGAAAGGUGGAGUUCUCACCCACACUAUCUAAGCUUGCCAGUAUUGUCAACAACAUUAGCAGUCAGGUGAAGGCCACCCUCUCCAUCUUCAAGCGUAUCCCAGAGUUACUAACCCGGAGGAAAUCAACUCUGCAAGCCAUCGUUCUCAACAUUGAGGGCGAUGAGGAGAUCAAGAAGAUCCAGAUGCAGAUCAGUAACGGCAUGACAACCAACGCUUCAAACCUUCAGAACUACUUGAAGACCUGGGAUACAUAUCGCGAGAUCUGGGAGAUCAACAAAGAUUCCUUCAUCCGCCGUUACCAGCGACUCAAGCCCGCCGUCUCGUCCUUCGAUGCUGACAUUGCUCGUUACACGGAAGUGGCAAACAACGUGCAGAAGGAGGAGACGGUCGUGCAGAUUCAGUUUGUGCUCCUCGACUGCUCUCCGCUCAAGUUCUCCCUCGUUCAGCAUUGCAACGAGUGGCAGAACAAAUUCACCACCUUGCUGAGCGAGAUGGCAAGCAACAUGCUGAUGGACCUGCUCGAGUUCCUCAAUGACAAUAAAAUAAAGAUCAGCCGUGUCCCGCAGAAUUUGGAGGAGCUGAGCGCUGGAAUGCAGCUGCUGGAGUCUCUUCAAACGGAACUCCCGAAGACCGAGGCACGCAUUCCGCCCAUCCACGACCAGUUCAGCAUCUUGGAGAAAUACGAGUUCCAGAUAGAGGAAAGCGUCCAGUUCCAUUUAGAGUCCUUGAAUGGCGAAUGGAUGAACUUCCAACAAAUACUCAUCGACAGCGAGACCAUGCUGAAGAAGAGCAAGGAGAAGUUCCGGACCGGCCUCAUCCACUCGGCCGAAGAAAUGAAGAAGAAGACACAAUCGGCCAUUGAAGAAUUUUCCAACAGAGCUCCCUUCAGCAGCACCAUGAGCCCCGACGCUGCCCUUGCCCUGAUCGCCGAGCUACGCAACAACCUCAACUCACUGAAGGACGAGGAGAAUAACAUCCGCAAUGGCCUCAACGUCUUCAAGAUUGACCAGCCCUUGUCCAAGGAGCUGCAGGCCCUGGAGAAAGAUCUCGACUUCCUUCAGCAAGCAUGGGAGGUCACCAAGCAAUGGGAAGAUUCGUGGGUGGAGUGGAAGGCGGAGAGGUUCAGCUCACUGGUGACACAGAUCAUGGACAACACUGCUACCGGCUACUACAGGAAACUCCACAAGCUGAGCCAGAUACUCAAGGACAGAAACUGGGACAUUAUAAAUACAUCGAAGAACAAGGUCCAGCAGUUUAAGAAGACAAUGCCACUGAUCACUGACCUGAAGAAUUCGGCCAUGCGUGGCAGGCACUGGAACAGCAUCAAGGACGAGGUACAGAAGGUGUUUGAUCAGACCAGCAAUGACUUCACGCUGGAGAAGAUCAUUGACCUAGGAUUGGAGCAAUAUGCUGAUGUAAUCAGCGGCAUCUCAUCGGCUGCCAGCAAGGAGCUCUCCAUAGAGAUGGCUCUGGAGGGAAUAAAGAAAAGCUGGGAAGUUACAACUCUUGACCUCGUUUCGUACAAGGACAAAGGCCAUCAUAAGCUGAGAGGAACUGACGAGAUCUUCCAGACGUUGGAGGAAAACCAGCUGACGCUGUCCACCAUGAAGUCGUCUCCAUACUUGAAGGCGUUUGACAAGCUGGUGGACUACUGGGAGCGGACUCUUUCUCUCAUCCUGGAGGUGAUAGAGAUGACGCUGACUGUACAGAGGCAGUGGCUGUACCUGGAGAACAUCUUCCUUGGCGAGGACAUCAGGAAGCAGCUUCCUCAGGAGUCGGCCGAGUUUGACAGCAUCAACGACCAGUGGAAGGUGAUAAUGCAUCGCCUGGUCCUCGAGCCCAAUGCCCUGCGAGGGACCCAUCAUCCAGGUCUCCUGGACUCCCUGAACGGAAUGAACGGCAAGCUGGAGGAGAUUGAGAAGUCGCUGGACAUGUACCUGGAGACCAAGCGGCAGAUAUUCCCGCGCUUCUACUUCCUGUCCAACGACGACCUGCUGGAGAUCCUGGGGCAGUCGCGCAACCCCCCAGCCGUGCAGCCCCACAUGAAGAAAUGCUUCGACAACAUCAAGACCCUCAAGAUGCAAAAGGUGGGAGUGACCAACAAGAUGGAAGCGGCGGGAAUGUUCUCCGCUGAUGGCGAGUACGUGGAGUUCAAACAUCCCACCUUGCUGGAGGGCCCAGUGGAGGCUUGGCUCUGCGACGUGGAACGCACCAUGCGAUUCACUCUCAAGGACCUGCUCAAGGAGGCCCGGAUGUCCCUGAAGAAAAUGAUGACAAGGCGGGACAAGUGGGUGAAGGAGUGGCCCGGCCAGAUGCUGAUCACCUCCAGCCAGAUCCAAUGGACAACAGACGUCACCAAGGCGCUGGUGACGGCCAAAGAUCUCGAGGACAGAAAACCCCUGCGAGUUAUUAAAAGGAAGCAGGUCAGCAUGUUACACAAGUACUCGGAGGCCAUCCGAGGGAACAUGACCAAGAUCAUGCGGCUGAAGGUGGUGGCGCUGGUGACGGUGGAGGUCCACGCUCGUGAUGUCAUCGACCGCCUCUACAGGAUUAAUUGCAUGGAUGUGACGGCCUUCGACUGGCUGAGCCAGCUCCGCCUAUACUGGGACAAGGACCUGGACGACUGUUUAGUCCGACAGACCAACACACACUUCCAGUACGGUUACGAGUACUUGGGCAACUCGGGCCGUCUGGUGAUCACUCCGCUCACAGACAGGUGCUACAUGACCCUGACAACAGCCCUGCACCUGCAUCGAGGUGGCUCCCCCAAGGGCCCGGCCGGGACGGGCAAGACGGAGACGGUGAAGGACCUGGGCAAGUCUCUGGGCAUGUACGUCAUCGUGGUCAACUGCUCUGAAGGGCUGGACUACAAAUCCAUGGGACGCAUGUACUCUGGACUGGCACAGACUGGAGCCUGGGGCUGCUUCGACGAGUUUAACCGCAUCAACAUCGAGGUGCUGUCGGUGGUGGCCCAGCAGAUCCUCUCCAUCCUGUCCGCGCUGUCGGCUGGCCUGACCCGCUUCAUCUUCGAGGGCCGUGAGAUUAACCUGGUCUGGUCGUGUGGCAUCUUCAUCACCAUGAACCCGGGGUAUGCUGGCCGCACAGAGUUGCCGGACAACCUGAAGUCCAUGUUCAGGCCCAUCUCCAUGGUGGUUCCCGAUUCCACACUGAUCGCAGAGAUCAUCUUGUUUGCUGAGGGAUUCAGCAACUGCAAGGCCCUGGCCAAGAAGGUGUACACUCUGUACUCCCUGGCGGUGCAGCAACUGUCCAAGCAGGAUCACUACGACUUUGGCCUGCGUGCCCUCACCUCCCUGCUGCGCUACGCUGGCAAGAAACGGCGCGACAAGCCCCAGCUCUCUGACGAGGAGAUCCUCCUGAUGUCCAUGAAGGACAUGAACAUGGCCAAGCUGACUUCCAUCGACAUGCCGCUGUUCGGUGGCAUUAUCCACGACCUGUUCCCCGGUGUGGAGACCCCUGUCUUGGACUACGGGAAGCUUAAAGAUGCCAUCGAGACAGCGCUGGUGGACACGGGCUACCAGGUGACGGAGUUCACCGUGUCGAAGGUCAUCCAACUCCACGAGACCCAGAGCUCCCGCCACUCGGUCAUGAUCGUGGGCAAGACGGGCAGCGGCAAAACAGUGGUGUGGCGUACACUGCAGGCGGCGCUGUCCUUACUGCAUCGUAGUGGAGAGCCUUACAACCUGGUCAAGGACUACCCCCUGAACCCCAAAGCUGUGUCCCUGGGCGAGCUGUACGGAGAGUAUGACCUAUCGACGAAUGAGUGGACGGACGGGGUGCUGUCCAAUCUCAUGAGGAUCGCCUGCGCGGAUGAGAAGCCAGAUGAUAAGUGGAUUGUGUUUGAUGGCCCAGUGGACACUCUCUGGAUCGAGAGCAUGAAUUCAGUCAUGGACGACAACAAGGUGUUGACGUUGAUCAACGGGGAGCGGAUAUCCAUGCCCGAGCAGGUUUCCCUGCUGUUUGAAGUGGAAAACCUGGCCGUUGCCUCUCCUGCCACCGUGUCUCGCUGCGGGAUGGUUUACACCGACUACACCGACCUGGGAUGGAAGCCAUACGUCCAGUCAUGGCUGAACAAGCGGCCCAAGGAUGAGCAUGAGCAACUUCAGGAAAUGUUUCAGAAAAGCAUUGAAAAGACGCUGCACUUCAAGAAAGAACACUGCAAGGAGCUGAUCCCCAUUGCCGAGCACUCAGGGGUGGUAUCUCUAUGCAACCUGUACGAGACCAUGGCCACAGUGGAGAACGGGGUGAACCCCGGGGACCCCGAUAAUCACAUGCACAUGAUCUCCAUGGUCUUCGUCUUCAGUUUGAUCUGGUCCGUGUGCGCCUCCGUGGACGAAGAGGGGAGGAAGAAGAUGGAUAACUUCCUGCGGGAGAUGGACGGCAGCUUCCCCAGCAAGGAAACUGUCUAUGAGUAUUACGUCGAUCCAAAGACCAAAGUGUGGACCUCGUUCGAGGAAAAGCUGAUGAAAUCUUGGCGUUACCCCUCCAACUUGCCGUUUUAUAAGAUCAUCAUCCCCACAGUGGACACCGUGCGCUACAACUUCCUGGUCAGCAGCUUGGUGGCCAAUCAAUGCCCCGUGCUGCUGGUGGGGCCAGUGGGUACGGGCAAGACCUCCGUCGCUCAGCACGCCCUCCACAGUCUGGACGAAACGACCUGGUCAAUCCUCACAGUCAACAUGUCUGCCCAGACAACAUCCAGUAACGUGCAGGAAAUCAUCGAGAGCCGGGUGGAGAAGAGAACAAAAGGAGUUUAUGUCCCUCUCGCUGGCAAGAAGCUGAUCACGUUUAUGGAUGACCUGAACAUGCCGGCCAAGGACACCUUCGGCUCCCAGCCGCCCCUGGAGCUGCUCCGGCUCUGGAUCGAUUACGGCUUCUGGUACGACCGACUCAAGCAGUCUAUAAAGUACAUCAAGGAGAUGUUUCUGAUGGGUGCGAUGGGGCCACCAGGUGGGGGACGCACGGCCAUCUCACCCCGUCUACUGAGCCGCUUCAACCUGAUCAACAUGACCUUCCCUGUGACAUCACAGAUCAAGCGUAUUUUUAGCACCAUGAUAAACCAGAAGCUGCAGGACUUUGAAGAGCAGUUGAAACCAAUCGGCAACAUCAUCACCGACGCCACCAUCGAACUUUACAACGAGGUCGUUCAGAAGUUUCUGCCCACACCAACCAGGAUCCAUUACCUCUUCAACCUCAGAGACAUCUCCAAGAUCUUCCAGGGGAUGCUACGCGUACACAAGGACUAUCAUGACUCGAAGGCCAGCAUCGCUCGGUUGUGGGUUCACGAAUGCUUCAGGGUGUUUUCAGAUCGGUUUGUGGACCACAAGGACAUGGAUGCCUUUGUGUUGCUGUUGAAUGACAAGCUGGGUCACUUCCUGGACUUGACCUUCCACAACCUCUGUCCAAACAAACAGUCGCCCAUCUUUGGUGACUUCAUACGAGGAGAUGUGUAUGAAGACCUCGUCAACUUCAAGGCUCUGAAAAUCUACAUGGAAGCACAGUUGGAUGAGUACAAUGCAACGCCCGGCGUGGUGCCGAUGAGCCUGGUUCUAUUCAAAGACGCCAUUGACCAUGUUACCCGGAUAGUGCGUGUGAUCAGCCAGCCGCGGGGCAACAUGCUGUUGGUCGGGAUUGGAGGGAGUGGGCGGCAGAGUCUGUCCCAGCUGUCUGCCUUCAUUUCUGUCUACAACACCUACAAGAUCGAGGUGACCAGGGUCUACCGUAAGCUGGAGUUCAGAGAUGAUCUGAAGAAAAUUUACAAAGAGGCCGGGGUUCUAAAUAAUCCGACAAUGUUCCUGUUCACGGACAUGCAGCUCGUGGAAGAGAACUUCUUGGAAGAUAUUAAUAAUAUCCUGAGCUCAGGAGAAGUUCCAAAUCUGUUUAAAGUUGACGAAUUUGAGGAGAUCAAAAAUGCCCUGUUGGAUGAAGCCAAAAAUGAGUCCAUUCCCGAAACAAAUGAGGGAAUCUUCAAUUUCUUCAUGGAGAGAGUGAGAAGCAACCUCCACGUGGUUAUGUGUAUGAGUCCCAUCGGUGACCGCUUCAGGAAUCGUGUGCGUCAGUACCCGGCCCUGGUGAACUGCACCACCAUCGACUGGUUCUCAGAGUGGCCCAAAGAUGCGUUGCUGGAGGUGGCCGAACGAUAUCUGAUGAAAGUGGACCUGGGAGCAACAGACGUGCUACGCAACAACGUGGCCCGCAUCUUUGUCACCAUGCAUCGCUCGGUGAGUACCUACUCCCGGAAGAUGCUGCAGGAGGUGCGGAGGCAGAACUAUGUCACCCCCACCAACUACCUGGAGCUGGUGUCGGGCUACAAGAAGCUGCUGGAGGAGAAGCGGUUCGAGAUCAGCUCCCAGGCCAACAAGCUGCGCAACGGCUUGUCGAAGAUCGACGAAACUCGCGACAAGGUGGAGGUGAUGUCCGUGGAGCUGGAGGAAGCCAAGGUGAAGGUGGCCGAGUUCCAGAAGCAGUGCGAGGAGUACCUGGUCAUCAUCGUGCAGCAGAAACGAGAGGCCGAUGAACAGCAGAAGACCGUCACCUCCCACAGCGAGAAGAUCGCCGCUGAAGAGAUUAAGUGUAAAAUAAUGACGGAGGGAGCCCAGAAGGAGCUGGACGAAGCCAUGCCAGCACUGCAGGAUGCCAUGAGGGCGCUGGAGUCGUUGAAUAAGAAAGACAUGACUGAGAUCAAGUCGUACGGCCGCCCUCCGAUCCUGGUCGAGACGGUGAUGCAGGCGGUGAUGAUCCUUCGUGGCUCGGAGCCCACCUGGGCCGAGGCCAAGAAGGAGUUGGGUGAGCCCACCUUCAUUAAACAGCUCAUCAACUUUGAUAAAGACAACAUUUCAGACAAGGUGUUGAAGAAGAUCGGGACGUACUGCGCACAGCCGGACUUCCAGCCCGACAUCGUGGGCCGUGUGUCUGUGGCAGCCAAGUCCCUGUGUAUGUGGGUGCUGGCCAUGGAGCUGUACGGCAGACUGUACCGCGUGGUGGAACCCAAGAGGCUGCGGCUGAACGCAGCUUUGGCACAACUGGCGGAGAAACAGGCGUCUCUUGCGGAGGCACAGGCAAAGCUAAAGGAGGUUGCCGAGAAGCUGGAGAUGUUGAAGAAACAAUACGACGAGAAACUGACUCAGAAGGAGGAACUGCGCAAAAAGUCGGAGGAGAUGGAAAUCAAGCUGGACCGGGCGGCCAAGCUGCUGUCCGGCCUAGCGGCAGAGAAAGCCCGCUGGGAACAAACCGUGAAGGGACUGGACACUGACAUGGGCUACUUGGUCGGCGACUGUCUGCUGGCAUCUGCCUUCCUCUCCUACAUGGGCCCGUUCCUGUCCAACUAUCGCGAGGAUAUCGUUGCCGACAUCUGGAUGAAGGAGGUGAAUAUCCGGGCCGUCCCGUACUCGCCCGAGUUUGACUUUGCGCACUUCCUCUCCAACCCGACCACGGUGCGAGACUGGAACAUCCAGGGGCUGCCGACAGAUGCCUUCUCCACCGAGAACGGAGUCAUCGUGACCAGGGGCAACAGGUGGCCUCUGAUGGUCGACCCACAGGGCCAAGCGCUGAAGUGGAUCAAGAAUAUGGAGCAUCUCAAGGGGCUGAAGCUGAUAGAUUUCCAGAUGAGUGACUACAUGCGUGUGCUGGAGAACGGAGUGCAGUUCGGUUCGCCGGUCCUCCUGCAGAACGUGCAAGAAGAGCUCGACCCAUCACUGGGCCCCAUCCUCAACAAAUCAGUCACCAAAGCAGGUGGACGUUUGUUGAUGAAACUGGGGGACAAGGAGAUUGAAUACAACCAGGAUUUCCGCUUUUAUAUCACCACCAAGCUGUCGAAUCCACACUACCCGCCGGAAAUCUCCAGCACCACCACCAUCGUCAACUUUGCAGUCAAAGUCCAGGGCCUUGAAGCACAGUUACUGGGCAUCGUGGUGAGGAAGGAGAGGCCAGAGCUGGAGGAGCAGAAGGACACUCUGGUCAUCAACAUCGCGGCUGGCAAGAAGAAGCUGAAGGAACUGGAGGACGAGAUCCUGAGGCUGCUGAAUGAAGCCACUGGCUCCCUGCUGGAUGAUGUUCAGCUGGUCAACACCUUACAGACAUCAAAGCUGACGGCCACCGAAGUGGCGGAGCAGAUCGACACCAGCGAGACCACAGAGGUGAAGAUCGACGCAGCACGAGAGGUGAGUGUAACCGGGACCUCUGCCCUCUGUCACUGCCGCCUGGGGUCCAUGUAA